GGAGAAGAUAUUAACUUCUUCGUGCGUGUGUGGCUUCGUUGUCGAGAGAGAGAAAUUGCACAAAUUGACGGAAUCGCGCACACAGUUGUUGAGGUCGUCGAGUGCAAUCACAGCCGCCAGCUUUCCUGAUAUCGAAAAGUGCAAUUAGCGAGCGUGCGCGUAUCUGUACGGUGCAGUGUUUCUCUGUUUGCUGUGUAUGUGUGCGUGUGCCUGUGUGUGUCUCAGCAGCAACAACGGCAACAACAAAAAUAAAAUUUAAGUUAAAUUGAAGAGAAAUAUUCAUCAAGAAGAUACUCGCAAACUAAAGGAAUGAAAUAUGCUUAAAACACAGUUUGCACGAAGUGCCAACUAGCGUAAAAGUGUACCAAGUGAAAAUAGCCAACAGCAGCAAAUCGAAUUGAAAAUCAAAGAAAGCGCACCUAGGAAACCCCAUCAGAAAUAAGACUCAACCCCCCAUUUCGUGCUUCCAAUGGGUCAUCACUUCAGUAAGGCCAUUGUACGCGCCAAUAGCCAGGAUCAGAGUCACAGAUCAAACACAGACCGAGCACCAGCAGCCAUUGUCGAGGCUAUUGGCCUGGACGAGGAGGAGCUCCAAGUGAAAGAGAUCCUUUGUGGGGACACUGUUGCAUCUCGGGCAGAAUUGCGUCAGAUUAUAAUUAAAAUUCAAUUGGCCAAAAUGGAGCAGCAGGUGGAGAAGCAUCAGCAGCAGCAGCAGCAAACAGAGGAAAAUCAAGUAGCCGCCGCAUUGUCUGCGGACGCGCUCAAUGCAAAUGGACAGCAGCAGCAGCAGCGGAUUGUGAACGUAACGCUGGAAAGGGCAACCGGUGAGGGGGACAUGGGGGUGGUGAAGGAGGCGGUGGGUGUGGUGGGCAGUUCAGCGGAAGCGCCAAAAAAUAACAAUUUCGCGGGAAGCGUCGGCGCUGCGAUUAGUACUUUACAAUUGCACGACGCCAACAGCAACAACGCUAACGACGCCGCUGACGACGACGACGACGACGACGAUGUGGUGGAUGAAUCGCUGCUGCGUCGACGGCGGAGCAAUAGCCACCACCACAACCACAACGAGGCCGAAGUCGUUGAGUACUACGAGGUCUUGGAGUCGCUGCCAGUUAGCAAUAUGUCGUCGUCGGCGACGCAACACACCAGCAAGCAAGGUUCCAGAAAUACCAAUAAUAGCAACAGUUGCUGCCGCAGUCGCAGCAGUAAGACACUAUCCAUGGGAGCAGCCACAUCCUCCUCCUCAUCCUCUAAUGCCGCUGCCGGAUCGGCGGCCACAUCCUCCAAACGGCGUUGCUGUAAAUGCAAAUGCCGGGAUGCCUUCCGUGGACUCAGAGACAUGCUGCCCACAUCCGGUGGCAACAACAACAGCAGCAGCAGCACUUCCGGUCACAGCAAAAAGGAAUCUUCAAGCUCAGCAGCAACGGUGGCCACCGUGUCACGGAAAUCCCGGACAGCGGAUCGACGUUCCACGCCGCCCACGUUGGGUGCCUCAAGCGGUGCCACGCAACAUCGCUUGCAGAAUCAAAGGAAACGGAACUCGGUGGCCGUCCCAGAUGCGAGUCAUCAGCAUCAUCAGGUUAUCAUAAGGAUUACAUCGCCUGGCUUUGUGGUGGAGUCACCUGGUGGCGGCCGCGUAACAGUCAUCACCGAAUCUGCACCCCUAACGCCACUGACGCCACCUCAGGCCCGUCCCUUGAUAGCCACAACGGCGGCGGCAUCCGUUUCCGGUGUCGGAACCCGCAAUCUUACAGUCCACUCGCAGAUCGAUUUUAUGCAUUGCCUGGUGCCCGAUCUGGAGAAGAUCACCAAUAGCAGUUUCUACUGGGGCAAGAUGGAUCGGUAUGAGGCAGAGCAUCUGCUGGAGGGCAAGCCGGAGGGUACAUUCCUGUUGCGUGAUUCCGCCCAGGAUGAGUUCCUCUUCUCGGUCACAUUCCGGAAAUACGGUCGAUCCCUGCAUGCCCGCAUCGAGCAGAGCGGUCACAAGUUUAGCUUCGACUGCCAUGAUCCCUGCGUUUUCACUGCUCCCACGGUAACCGGUCUGCUGGAGCAUUACAAGGAUCCCGCCUGCGUCAUGUUCUUUGAGCCCUGCCUCACCAUACCCCUCCAUAGGCGUCAGACCUUCUCCCUGCAGCAGCUGGCACGUGCCACCAUUGUCUCCAAUACCAGCUACGAUGUCAAUCAGCUGGAGCUACCCGGACGCCUGAAGAGCUACCUCAAGGAGUACCAUUACAAGCAAAAGUUGCGCGUCAAGCCCAUCGAUCAGAACACACCGGUGCCGUAUUACGGCGAUGUAUAGCGGGAGGAGCAACAGGUGGGCUUCACCUACUACGAGGAUGUGGAGAGUGCCAGCGAGGAUGAUGACGAGGAUGAUGAGGGCGUCAAUAUACGCGUGUCCUAUGUCCAGCAUGCCGAGGUGGUGGCCCAGCUGCAGCAGGCCACAACCCUUCAACCGGCAGCACCUCCAAGUCGAACCUUUCAUCUUCAGGAGCAGCUCAGCCGGUUGCCAACGCGCAUGGCCGCCGCCCUGGGUCGGAUGUCGGCCAAUCUCAAUUGCUAUCAGCCGGCGGCUCGGUUGGAACGCCACACCACUUGAUAAAUGAGAAGCCGAAGGAACAACAGAAACCAGAGAAACCAAAACUCAACCUGAGACAAUCCCAGUGCAUCGCAGCCACCAUAAAAAUAAGCUACAAACAAAAGAAAAGAGCCCAAAAAGAAAACCCGUAAAUAUCGCUCACUGGCCGGAAAAUUCCCUACCAAUUUCUCAGAGGUGGCCUUGACGGUCCUCUUGAUUUUCCAGUGAGCGAUUGCGCGUAUAGCUAAUUGUACUAUAAACUAAGUAUUAUUACCUAAAACAACCCCAAAACUCUCCCUACAAUGAUAUAAG